CUAAUGGCAACACCGAAUCAGGAAGCAAUCGACACUUUCAUUAGCAUCACGGGGGCCUCAGAAUCCGUCGCCGUUCAGAAGCUCCAGGUUUUUAGAUGCUCUAUGUGUUGUCUGCUUCAUUGGAAUUUCUCGAGUAGCCAAAUUGAAAGUUCGUGAGACAGGAUCAUCGGCUAUUGAUCUCUGAUUGAUUUUCAGAAUGUUAGGGUCAUUGGAUUGGAUGAUCUGAUUGAGAGAAUAGUGGUGAUCUUAGUCAAGCUGUGAAUGCAUAUUACAGCGAGGGAUGUCAAAAUUCAGUACCAGUGAACAUCCCUCUAGACGAUGCAAUGGAAAUAGAUCAUGUGAUUCCGGCUCCUCUAGUGAAACCUAUAGAGGUUAGGGAUAGCACUGGGCCAUCGGUUAUUAUUAAUGAUGAUGAUGAUGUUCCAACAAGAACAACUAGGCAAGUUAUACCUGCACCCAAUAAUAUUCAAGAUUACAAUGAUAUUGAACAAGAGAUGAUCCAAGCUGCCAUUGAGGCCUCAAAAAAGGAGUCUGAGGUGGUGUUAAGUAAUCCUUUGCCUAUUGAGAGGCCGCCGUCUUCGUCUCACAUGGGAGAUGGUGAUGACAUAGCAAAAGCUGUCACAAUGUCAUUGAAGUCAGGGGAGGAAGAAGUUUUGCGCAAUCAAGGAGGGUUUAACGCCUCAACCUCGGAAACAGGAGCGUCUGAAACGGCUGCUGCUCAAGGACCUGAUGAUGACGAUGAUGAUGAUGAGGAACCUCUUGUUAGACACAGGCCAAUACGUGUGGCAUCUGGAUCUCUGGCCCAACCUGAUGCUGGUCGUUCCCGGAGCACGAGUCCUGAAGGAGAUAAUCAAGCGGACAAUGGCAAUAGAAAUAGGUUUCCUUCUGAGUGGGGAGGCAUUUCGUCUGAGGAACAUGAUGAAGCUGUCAUGCUCGAGGCAGCCAUGUUUGGUGGAAUUCCCGAAACUGGAUAUAAUCAUCUUCCAUUCUUACCUCCUCAGCAGAGGGCACCACCCUCACCUUCAUUGACAGCUCAGAGGUUGAUACGCGAACAGCAGGAUGAUGAGUAUCUUGCAUCCCUGCAAGCGGACCGAGAUAGAGAACUACAAUCCGUUAGAGAUGCUGAGGCACGUCAGUUAGAGGAAGAAACUGCUAGACAGGCUUUUCUGGAGGAAGCUCAAAGAAAACACGAGGAGGAACAGGAGCUAGACAGGCAACUAGAUGCAAAAGAAGCUUCUCUACCUGAGGAACCACAUGCAGACGAAGAGAAUGCUAUUACUCUUCUAGUCAGGAUGCCAGACGGAACUAGACAUGGCCGCCGAUUCCUUAGAUCCGACAAACUCCAAUCUCUGUUCGACUUCAUAGACAUAGCCAGAGUGGUGAAACCCAAGACUUACAGACUGGUGAGACCUUACCCUCGGCAUGCGUUUGGGGAUGGGGAAAGUGAGUCCACUCUGAACCAUCUUGGUUUGAGCAGCAAACAAGAAGCAUUGUUCCUUGAGCUCAUCUGAGCACAAAAUAUAUACUCCACCCUCCUCUUACAUUCAUCUUCUGUCUUUCAUGUUAUUUUUUCAUCUUUCUUUCUAUAAAAGAAAAACAAAUUUGUUGGGUGUUAUUAUAAAGUAUUCGUACAAUCGUCGUUUUAGGCGUUUCAUUUGUACAUACGUUACAUUGCCUGCAGAAAAAAAAAGUCAAAACUGA